AUGUUUCUGCUGGGACGUCGUCUCCUUCUCGGACCACGUGGUGCCGCAGUGGGAGCCACCGUUGGACUUCUAGGCACUGCAAUGGUAGCCAUCAAUCUGCUUUCAUCACCGUCCGGUGUUGCCGCUUGCUCAGCGGCACAACCCCCAGUCACUGGAGUUGAUGGCAAAGCGGCCUCAUCUGUGUACGACUUCACUGCGAAAGAUAUCGACGGCAAGCAGGUUCAGCUUGGCCAGUAUCGUGGACACGUGCUGAUCAUCGUUAAUGUUGCCUCGCACUGUGGUUACACCGAUGGGCACUAUAAGGAGUUUAACCAGCUGUACAAGGAGUAUGCUGAAUCUAAGGGAUUGCGCAUUUUAGCGUUCCCGUGCAACCAGUUCGGUGGGCAGGAGCCGGGCACCAACGCGGAAAUCAAGCAGUUUGCCGCGGAUCGUAACGUACAGUUCGACAUGUUUGCGAAGGUGGACGUGAACGGGGACGAUGCACAUCCGCUGUGGCAGUAUUUGAAGCAGCGCCAGGGCGGCACACUGGUUGACGCGAUCAAGUGGAACUUUACCAAGUUCAUCGUGGACAAGAAUGGGCAACCGGUUGGACGCUACGGUCCCACUACUAGCCCGCUCGAGAUGCGUGACGAACUGGAGAAGUACCUCAAUCAGUAA